CGCCACGCCACACGAAGCCCGUCUUUGACGCCACUGAGCUUGUCCAGUCAACCACUCACCAACUAGUCAAUCCGCAAUGCCUCUCCCGGCGAACAGCACCGUCCUUCUCCAGGGCUCCAGCCAACCCGGGGAUCCUCUGGGCUAUAAGCCUAAGCAGGCUAUGCUUAUUCGCAUGACGCAGGAGACGUUCGAAGCGCUUCAGGACCCCGAGACUCACUCAAGCCUCGAGUUCAAUUUCGGAAAUGCCCCAGGUCUCUACAUCGGAGGCACGUUCUUCCCUGUGCAGCCAUCCAGGGAGAAUGCUCAUAACCACGAGCUCUAUCUCCGGACGCCGUCGGCGCAGAAGCCGAGGGCGCCACUCAAGCUCUUUGGCAGCGUGAUCGGCAAGUUCAGAGUCGAGAGGCAGCUCGACGAGAAGGUCGAGGAGUCCGUCCGCGACCGCACGCUGGAGGCCGCGAAGCAGCGCACAGAGCGCCAUACCAAAUACCUCGACACUCCGCCCGAUCUGUCCUACUCGAACUCGAAGACCGGGACCAAGAAGAAGACGGGCGCUGCUAGUCGGGUGUCCGUCCAGGCUAAAAGUUAUCCAGUCUCGAAGCCAUCGCCGCUCCCCAGCCGGGAUGUACACACGGCUGCGUCGUCCUCAUCCUUGUCGGCGGCCGAUCAGCAGACAAGGGAACGCAUCAUACACUUCCUCGCUCUCGAGCCACGGACCAUGUCGAAAACGUUGGAUGCGUGCUGUGGAAAGGACCGUACCGAAGAGCAGGAGAGGAAGUAUGAGGCUCUCAUACGACAGGUCGCGGAACCGAUGCCGGUGAAGAAGGGCGAUACUGGCGGACCGCCAUUGUGGCAUUUACAACGCGAGUCAUGGCGCGAAGUACGGCCGUAUACCUUCCCCAAGCUCAGCGAAGAGGAACGGUUGGGCUUGUCCCGACAGGCUCGGCUGGUAUUCAAGGCUCUGCAGAUACCGGAGUCGGACCCCAUCUGGAACAAUGUUCGACACCGCAUCGCAUCCGGUGCGGCGUCUGGUUCUGCGGGCCCAAGCGCUCCGGCCCCGGAGAAGAAUGGCGUGGUCAUGACGAAGAACUCGACAAAGAAGGCGAAGGGAGAGGGUACGCGCAAGAGGCCCUUGGACAUCGCGAUCCCGUCGAAGGACGAGAGCGGGAGCGCGAAGGCGAAGAGCCGAGAUGUCGACGAGGGGAGCGCGGCCGGGACGCCGAUGUCUGCAAGCAGACCCACGAUGGGGCGCAGGUUACCUGGUUCGGGCUUCAAAGUGAAGCCAUCGCCUACUCCUCCCACGGAGCGUCGCACGCACUCGCCCCUCCCUCCUCCUCCAAAGAAAGCCGGGCCUGUGGAUGCGCGCGAGAGCAAGCGCUCUGCGCCGGAGCCGUCAGGCUCUGCGAAGCCUCUUCCACCCAUCGCUCCCCCUCAGACACAGGAGUCGCGGUCCGCUUCGGUUUCCGCCGCUGCUGCAAAAAUACGGAAGAAGGAAGCUCAAUCCUCGGCGGGUACUUCUCGCGCUGCUGAGAGCCGAAGAGAGGAGCGCGAGCGCGAACGAGAGCGCGUCCGUGAGCGUGACCACGCAGCUGAGGAGAAGCUUCGUGUCAAGGAGAAGGAGCGCGCAUCCCCUCUCCCCAUCCUCCCCGCAUCCGCACCUCUACCUUCCUUCAAGCGCAAGAAGCCGCCACAGGACGGAAACGAUUCUGAGUACUCGGAACGGGAGCCCUCGCUCAGUGCCAGUUCGUCGAAGAAACGCAAGCUGGAUGCGGAGCCUCCCAGCUCGACCGAGAAAGCUCGCAGCAGGGAUCUAUCUCUCCCGAAGAAGCCGGUGGUCCGCGAACCCUCUCCUCUGGCCCCGCCGCGUCAGAAAAUCAAGACUGAGCCUUCGCCUCUUUCGUCCUCGUUCUCUCCUCCUCGUCCCUCGUUACCCCCCAAGCCGGUCGGUGCCGAGAAGCACCAAAUCUCUUCUUCCUCUUCCAGCGUGAAGAGCGCCAAAGCCACCGAAGCUGUUGCGCCUUCGCGCCCCUCUGGCAAGUCCAAGCGGAGGUCCCCCAUAUAUACGUCUUCCUCCCAGGACGAGUCCGAGACGUCCGUGCCAGUGUCACGCCCGCGCACUGCCGUCCCCACAGCGCACCGCGACUCGCCCUCCGCAGAGCCCCCGGCGAAGCGUCGUCGGCUGUCGAAGGUGCACGUCCCGCGCUUUAAGCCGCGCCCGCUCCCGUCCGACCUCGCGUCGUUGCGGAAGUACUACCGCUCGUGCUACAGCACAUACUUGGACCUGUAUGGGGAGCAGACGAAGCGCCGCAACCGGAUCCAGCGCAUGCUCAAGCGGCUCGAGGGCGAGCAGGGGGAGGAGAGCGCACCGAGCGAUGAGGACAUGGAGGACCUCGUGCCGGAGGUGCUGAAGGCGUUCAUGGACAACAUUGAUGCGGUUGUGCAGGAGAUGAAGAAGGUGUCCAACGAGAUCGAGAGGCUGGGUGGGAAGGUGGAGAACGGCACGCCGGUGAUGGAGUGAGGAGGUGCGUAGCUGGUGCGGUUGAGUUGGGGCGUGUUUGCUUUUGUUUAAUGUGGAGGUUUGGGUCAUAAAUACUCGGAGGUUGAGCUGCCGCUGCGAAUAGACUGUACUUGUAGUUAUUUGGAUGCAUCUUGGAGGUCUCUAGUCUGGGUCGCCGUGCAAAAAUGUGUUGCGG